AUGGCGACCUUCGUCAAGUCGAUGGCGCCCCUCAAGACGGUGCAGGAGAUCCAAUUCGGACUCUUCUCGCCGGAAGAGAUCAAGAACAUGAGUGUUUGCCACAUUGAAUACGCCGAGACCAUGGACGAGCAGCGCCAUCGGCCGCGCGAGAAGGGCCUGAACGAUCCCAAACUCGGCACCAUCGACCGUGGUCAGAUGUGCGCAACCUGCGGCGAGAGCCAGCAAGAUUGUCCUGGCCACUUUGGACAUAUCGAGCUGGCCGUUCCAGUCUUUCAUGUCGGUAUGCCGAAACACUAGCCCCCAGCGAAUUGUUUUGACCAAAUGCUGAUUAUCACGUGACCAGGCUUCAUCACCAAGAUCAAGAAAAUUCUCGAAUCAGUCUGCCACAAUUGCGGAAAGCUCUUGGAAGAUGAAGUAAGUUGUUUUCUCACCUGAACUGGUAAGUCAUCUUGUUUCAGUCUCAGUGCUUACACGUGUUCCUCCAGCGCAACGUCACGUUUGCGCUUGCCAUGCGACUUCGCGAUCCCAAGCGACGCUUUGAAGUGAUCACCCGCCUUUGCAAGUCCAAAAGCACGUGCGAUGCCGACGAGCCUGAUAACAAGGAAGACGGUGCCUACGGCGACGAUCCAAAGAAGCCAAAGGGAGCCGGUCACGGUGGCUGUGGCAAUGUCCAGCCCACGAUCCGUAGGGAGCAGCUUAAGCUGUGGGGUUCCUGGAAGAUGAAGCCAGGCGACAACCAGGACGAAGAUGCUGGUGUUGAGAAGCGCCAAAUUACUCCACAGCAAGCGCUGACUAUCUUUCGCACCAUUUCCGAGGACGACCUCAUGCGGCUCGGUCUGAACGUCGACUACGCUCGGCCAGAGUGGAUGAUUCUGACUGUGCUACCCGUCCCGCCUCCAGCAGUACGCCCGAGUAUCUCCGUGGACGGCACGAGCCAGGGCAUGCGCUCCGAGGACGACUUGACGUACAAGCUCUCGGAUAUCAUUCGCGCCAACUCCAACGUGCGCCGCUGCGAGCAGGAGGGCUCACCACAGCACAUCUACGAGGAGUUCACGAAUCUACUGCAGUAUCACGUCGCGACUUAUAUGGACAAUGAUAUUGCCGGAGUUCCAAAGUCCAUCCAGAAGACUGGCCGCCCGCUCAAGGCCAUCCGAGCGCGUCUGAAGUCCAAGGAGGGUCGUCUUCGGGGUAAUCUGAUGGGCAAGCGUGUUGACUUCUCAGCCCGUACUGUCAUCACCGGAGAUCCAAACUUGGACUUGGAUCAAGUUGGUGUGCCGAGAUCGAUCGCCCGAGUGCUAACGUUCCCGGAGCGUGUCACACUCUACAACAUCAACAAGCUGCAGCAGUGUGUGCGCAAUGGGCCCCUGGAGCAUCCCGGUGCUCGAUUCAUUAUUCGCGAGGACGGCUCUCGUAUCGAUUUGCGGUAUCACAAGCGCGCCGGCGAUAUUCAGCUACAACUCGGCUGGGUUAUUGAGCGACACAUUGUCGACGGCGACUACAUCAUCUUCAACCGACAGCCUUCGCUGCACAAGGAGUCCAUGAUGGGUCACAGAGUGAAGGUUAUGCCGUACUCGACUUUCCGUCUGAACCUGUCGGUCACUUCUCCCUACAACGCCGACUUCGACGGGGACGAAAUGAACCUGCAUGUUCCUCAGAGUCAUGAAACCCGAGCAGAAGUCGCCAACCUCUGCGCAGUUCCUCUGAAUAUUGUCUCGCCGCAGAAGAACGGUCCUCUCAUGGGCAUCGUUCAGGACACUAUGGCUGGUAUCUACAUGAUGACUCGUCGCGACACUAUGGUCGACUACGAGGCCGUGAUGAACAUCCUUCUCUGGGUUCCAGGAUGGGACGGCGUGAUCCCUCCGCCUGCAAUUCUCAAGCCAAGCCCGCGCUGGACCGGCAAGCAGAUAGUCUCGCUUGCUUUCCCGGCCGGACUGAACAUUGUUCGUCCAAAGAGCGACCACAUCCCGCUCCAAGAGGAGAAGGACCAGGGAUACGUCAUCCAAAACGGUGAGCUCAUCUGGGGUCGUGUCGUCAAGGCUGUUGUCGGUGCUUCCGGCGGUGGUGUCGUGCAUUGCAUCUACAACGACCGAGGUCCUGAGGCCGCUGUCGAAUUCUUCAAUGCUGCGCAGCGAAUCGUCUGUUACUGGCUACUCCACAACGGUUUCAGUGUCGGUAUUGGUGACACAAUUCCUGACGAACCAAUGGUGCAAGGUAUCCAGCAGAAGAUUGUCGAGCAACAGCAAGUCAUUGAGGGCCUCGUCAAGGAAGUCCAGGCAGACGAGCUCGAGCCGUCUCCCGGUAUGACUAUCCGAGAGACCUUCGAAUCCAAGACCAAGGCUGCUCUGGACACCGCACGUAACCAGGGUGGCGAUGUCGCUUACAAAAACAUGAAUGCCUGCAACAACGUCGGAGUCAUGGUCAAGGGCGGUUCCAAGGGAUCAACUACCAACGUCUCACAGAUGACCGCGGCUGUCGGUCAGCAGUCCCUGGAAGGCAAGCGUCUACCAUUCGGAUUCAAGUAUCGAGUCCUGCCCCACUUUCCCAAGGACGACUAUUCGCCCGCAUCGAGAGGCUUUGUCGAGAACUCAUAUUUGCGCGGUCUGACGCCGCAAGAGUUCUUCUUCCACGCCAUGGGAGGUCGCGAAGGUCUCAUCGACACUGCCGUCAAGACUGCCGAGACUGGUUACAUUCAGCGUCGACUUGUCAAGGCUCUUGAAGAGGUCAUGAUCAAGUAUGACAGCACUGUGCGAAACUCACUCGGCGAUAUUCUGCAGUUUACAUACGGUGAAGACGGGCUGGACGCCAUGCACAUCGAAGACCAGAAGCUCCAGAUUAUUGCAGCGUCUCAUGAGCAGUUCGAGAAGAAGUACAAGCUCGAAGUUGUCAACCUCAAGGACACGCCGAGAUAUCUGCAGCUUAGCAGCAACGAUCUUGAGAUCUACAACGAGAUCCGUGGGGACACCGAGGUCCAGCGUCUGUUUGAUGAAGAAUUUGAGGCCAUUCAGCACGAUCGUAUCAAGAUUCGAUCCAGCGUGGACGAUGACAAGGAAGAUCGAUAUCUGCCAUUGAACCUUCAACGCAUGAUCAUGAACGCCAAAGACAAGUUCAAGAUCAACGACAACAGCAAGAGCGACUUGGAUCCUCGGGUCACCAUCCCGAAGGUGAAGAGCCUGCUGGACCGGCUCAAGAUCAUCCGAGGUGACGAUGAGCUGUCCCAAGAGGCAGACCUCAAUGCCACCCUGCUUGUCAAAGCUCACUAUCGGUCUCGCCUGGCGUUCAAGCGAAUUGUCAAAGAAGAUCAUCUUUCUACUCUCGCGCUCGACAACAUUCUUGGUGACAUCGAGAACCGAUUCUUGCGCGCACUCGUCAGCCCCGGCGAAAUGGUGGGCGUCUUAGCUGCGCAGUCCAUCGGCGAGCCGGCCACACAGAUGACCCUGAAUACCUUCCACUUGGCUGGUGUCACAGCCAACACAACGACCAAGGGUGUGCCGCGUCUCAAGGAAAUCCUCAACGUGGCGGAAAACCUCAAGACGCCCAACAUGAAGGUCUACCAAAGCCCCGGCAACACAGGCUCCCAAGAAGGUGCCAAGCAGCUACGCUCGUUGGUUGAGCACACCACCCUGAGGAGCGUGACCGAUGUCACCGAGAUCUAUUACGACCCUGUGAUUGACCAGACUGUCAUCGAAGCCGACAAGGACAUGGUGGAAGCUCACUUCAUCAUCCCGGAUGAAGAACAAGGUCUGGAGCUACAGAGUAAAUGGAUGCUUCGCAUCGUCGUUGGUCGUAGACAACUCUUAGAUAAGGGUUUGACCGUCAAUGACGUCGCGACGAAGAUCAAGGAAGAAUGGAGUAACGACCUGGCCAUCAUCGCCUCGGACGACAACGCCGACGAGCAAGUCAUUCGAUGUCGCCUGCUCCCGAACUCCGACGAAAAGAAUCCUGAUGGCGACGAAGAGUCGGAAGACACCCUCAAGCGCCUGGAAGGCCACAUGCUUGACGCCGUCGUCUUGCGCGGUGUGAAGGGCGUUGAACGCGCUUUCGUGUCCAAGGACACAAAGCUCUACGAGGACGAGGCUGGAAAGCUUCACUACGUCGCCACCAAGCCUGAGUGCGCAGAGUGGUACUUGGACACCACCGGUGUCAACCUCAAGGACGUUCUAGCCAUCGAAGGCGUCGACUCCCAGCGAACAUACUGCAACCACUUUCAGUCGAUCAUGAAGGUCUUUGGAAUUGAGGCUGUCCGCGCCGCGCUCAUGGCCGAGCUGAAGGAGGUCUUGACCAAUGACGGAUCCUACGUCAAUCACCGUCACAUGGCCAUUCUCUGCGAUGUCAUGUGCGCUCGCGGCGAGCUGAUGGCAGUCACUCGUCAUGGUAUCAACCGCGCCGACACUGGUGUUCUCAUGCGCUGCUCUUUCGAGGAGACCGUCGAGAUUUUGUUCGAUGCUGCGUCUUCUGGAGAGCUGGACGACUGCCGCGGCGUGUCUGAAAACAUCAUCCUUGGACAGCUGGCACCGAGCGGCACCGGCGAGUUCGACAUGUUACUCGACACCGAGAUGCUCAACACCGUCACCGCGACACAGCGACCAAUGCACCAGACGGGCAUGGCCGCCGGCGCUGCGACGCCCAUGUCCGAAGGUAGCAUGACGCCUUACGACAUGGGCUCGCCGAUGGCUGAAAGCGGUGGCUUGGGUGGCGUUGACUACGGUGCCAGCUUCUCGCCAAUCAUCAAUCCUGGUCAAGACGAGACCGGCGGUCUCACUGCCUACAACGGUGGCUUCGGUGGCAUGAGCCCGUACAGCGGAGGUAUGAGUCCUGGAUAUGCUCCUCCCAGCGGCUAUGCUCCGCAGAGUCCGUUCAGCUCUGGAAUGGCAUCGCCGGGGUAUUCGUACUCCCCUGUCAGCCCGUCUUUCUCGGGAUAUUCGCCCACGUCGCCGGGAAUGGCUUUCGGUGCUGCCAGUCCGGUUUUUCAAAACGCUUCACCGCAAUAUUCUCCGGCGUCGCCCAACUACAGUCCGCAGAGCUCAUAUAGCCCUUCGAGCCCGGCCUUCAAUUCUUCGAAUUAUUCACCAACUUCACCUCUGUCCUACUCACCACAAUCGCCAAACUGGUCCCCCACCAGUCCAGCAGCAACCAACAAUUCCAAAAAAUAUUCUCCCGCAUCACCAGUCUUACAAUAUUCACCAUCCAGCCCAAAUUGGAGCCCAAGCAGUCCUGUGAUGAGCAACAGCAUUUCACCGACAAAUUCGAGCUGGUCACCAACAUCUCCAGCUGCGAACGUGACCUCCCCCCAGUCACCCAAAUAUUCUCUCAGUCCCACCAGCCCUAAGUGGUCUCCCAAGUGAGUCUUUCGACAAUUCACACACCCAGAAAUACUGAACUAACAUUUCUACAGUUCCCCCAAGGAUGAGUGAUCCUUUUUGGCAUCAAAGAUUCUAUUUCGAUUAGGCGGCGAUCAAGGAGUCAUCCGAUGCACGCAGAGCGUACUCUUGGCUGAGCACACGCAGCGUCAUUGCUCUAUGACUCUUUGACAAAAGAUGGACUCUCAAUCCUUUGAAGUGUAAUAAUUAUUCAGCGUUCAUGUCAAAUUGCAUCGGGCGGCGUUUUCUUCUUUACCACAAUGGAACGUUUGUCUCUUACCUGGACAUAGAGAAAGAGAAAAAGCGAAAGCAAUCAAUAAGACCUUGGGUGUCCUGAAGGCUGGGACGUCAAGGAAGAUGAAGGGGGCUGUCUGAGAUGGUUUCUUGGCCUGCUGAGAGUCAGGCUUUGCUUUUUUUGCGCCUCGAUCAGAAUGAGAUUGCCUUUUCACGAGGUUGUUUUUGGCUUGGAGAGCAAGCCUUUGAGCUGCUCGCGUGAUGGCUUGAGAGGAGACUGAGACUGACGAAGACGGGUGGACGUUUGGCUAAUCCUUCAGAGCCGGCGGAGGAUACGUGGGGGUGGGGAGGGAAACGCCCAGUUGGACGACGCGAAUGCGUACGAGACAAUGUGACGGAUCAGAUAUUCUCUUAAAAAAAAAUGGAGCGGUGAUCUCUCUGCCCUUGGGUGGGGAGGUUGCACAUUGCACCAAUCCUCCUCCUUUUUUCUGUGUGAGACAUGAGGUGAGGUCAGAAUACAGUUUGCUGCCUGAGGCCGGAGUCCUUGGUCCGCCCACGCCUCCUCAAGCAUAGCGUAAACAUCUUGGUCUAUACUACCUAUACUAUAAACAGCAUGUCCCAUUUGACGAGAUCAACUUUGCUUUUUGUCGCCUGGUUCCAUUCUCCAAAAGAGAGGGUCUCAAGGUUUUUUGCAAGGGUCAUACAACCAAUUCCUAUCACAUCACAUUAUCGUAGUCAUUUUCACGGCAGCAAGUCCGGGGCAGAAGAUAUAUAUACCGUGACAUGCCUGCACCCUUGCAACUCCCCUAACCUCGGAAGCGCGUCCCCACUAUUCGCAGACGAUCCGACUAUAUAAUAUCUUUUUAUACGAAAUUUUUCUCCCGCGCGCUUUUUAGUCUAUUUUUGUUAAAGCUUAAAUUCUCUCUCUCUCUUAAUAGAUGAUAGUAUAUACAUUGCAUCCCUGCGACUAUACCAUUACAUCGAGUAUAAUAGGUACGUAGCCCUCCCUAAUCCUUACUAUAUCUAUCGAUAGGACACAAAAUUCUCUCUCGGUAGCCUUUAAGCCUUUAGAGAGGAAGAUAAAGUCUAACUACGGGGCGCUGUAAGUGAUAGAGGGCAAUAGCAAUAGGUAUAUCGUCUUAGACUCUACGGUCUUGUCUUAUAAAUAGUAUAUAUAAAGUACCCUCGAGGUUAAGGUUCGUUAAAAAGGUUAUAUAUUCAAUGCCUGUCACAUUAUAUCGUAGCCUUUCAAGGCAGUAGUAGCACUUUUGUAGAAGAGAUAUAGUAAAAAAUACCUAGUCUAAUUUACCAUUUACUCCUCUCACUCUUGUAUUAUUAAUAGAGGUCAUGAGGAUACCCAUUCUUUGCUCUUUUAGCUUAUAGCCAACACCUACCCAUCUUCGGACCAAUGUUCAUGAAGUGCAUAACCAACCAUCUCCGCGCGUAUAUAGUUCUUCCGGGCCGUGCUGACAUUUUUCGCCUAACCCUCCUCUCUUCGAUAUAUCCCAUGUAUUCGCCCAGCUCUGGUGCUUGAUCCCUUGUCGGAAAAAAGGGCAUGUCGCUGUUGUCUCUCACCCAUCUUGAGGAACUUAUCAGGCUUUUUCGAUUGUUUCGAACUCUUUUGGCUGGCUGGUUGAAGCCAAGAGUUUGGAGAUGCUUCGGGAAGCUUUUGCAACUCUUUACCCUAAUCUAUAUCUUCCUUCUCUUCCUCAAGAGCCUGGAGUGCAUAGUUCAGAAGACUGCCUCUGCCUUUUUCUCAGUCUCGGGAUCACGAGCCGCCUUGCCGCCCUCGCUGUGCUUUGCACGGGCCUGGCGUCCACACUUUCCGUGUUCUUGUCGUAACGUUUCUUCAAGCCUGCCACAUGCAUUUUCCGUCGCUCUUCGCCUGUCUCGCCCUCCCAUAGCGCCUUGCCUCUUGCCUGCCGUCGAAGGUAUCUCUGAAGGCCUUUUUCCUUGGGUAUUGUCGAGGUUCGUCCUUUCCUUGCUCCAUCUCUCCCGGUUCACAGGUUUGUUGAACCAAGCAUGCAUGCCACUUUUUAGUGCCCUCGAUCUGCGCAGCAGUUCGCAGUGAUAAGUGGGCGUCGUCUUGAUCCAUCCUGCUGAUAUCGAUUUGUCUUCUCAGAGCUGUCAGUGCAUUUUGGAUUUGUUGCGAUUCCAGCUCUCUGAAUGCCCUCCAGAAGGCGCAUGUUUUCCAGCACUCGCGGUUUCGAAGCGUGUCGAGCGAUAUACUCUGGGUGGUCUAUGCAAAAAUAUCAGGCAUUUCUUGCCUGCGAUGUCCACCGUGAUCCUCCCAACAUCUCCCUUAUCGAGCUUCACUCUCAGCGGUCGCCCCACAAACUCCCUGGCUGAUUUUGCCGCAAAUCACCAGCACCUGAGCAGAAGACUCGACUCUUCGAUCAGUUGUCGUGUGUAUGCAAGGUAUAGUUUUAACGCCAUGUCGUCCUUGUACGGCGAAUCGCCGCGUAGUCUGACCCCAUCUCGAAGCAUCUCGCAGCGCCGGUGGUAGACGUCAUGGACCAGGGCCGAUGAUUGCAGCUGAGAAAACCGACGGAUAGAGAAAUUGCCUUUGUCCAGCUCGGUGUCGAAUUUGUUUCUUGAUCUGGUAGAUCUUUGGCUGGAUACCCGCAUUCCCUUACCCUUUGCGUGGUUUGGUUUGGUUCCGGCCGUAUGUCAGUUGCUGCUGCUGUUGUUGAUGAGGUCGCGUCCUGCCGCAUUCAUAAGACGUCGAAAAUUCCACUUCUACGUCUCGAGAGUCUGCUCAGUGGGGAUGGCGAUGGUGAAAUCUCGCCCUGCCGGUUCUCGUCCUUCCUCUCCUUCCCCUCCGCCUCCAUCUCCAUCACCCCCCGCCCCCCCUUACCCAAGCCCCAGCAGGCGGCACGGCCAGCAUAGGCGGAACAGCAACCCUUGCACCGAGAGGAUACGUCCCCGCCAGCAGACUCCCAUAACCCAACAGAUCAUCCCCUCUCGGAGCGCCCCUCGGCGGCGCCGCACGCACGCCAUUCGCGCGAUCCUGCAGCACUCCAGCUCCAGCCCCCCUAGUAUGCCUCCGAACCUCACUCAGCACAAUCUCAAAAGCAGGCCUCUCAGCCGGAUCAUACGACAGACACUUCAGCACGAGAUCCCUCAGGGGCCGACUAUAAUAACACGGCGCAUCGUCGUCAGAGAAAAAAAAAGGGCUCCUUAUCCGCUCCCACGAAAGUAACCUUAGCGACACAUGUCCGCGCUCCAUGAGGGUGAGAAUCGUCUUGCCCGCCGCCCAGACGUUCGUCUUGGAAGUCAGACGAAAGCGAUGUUCGAAAUUUGGGAGGUAGGUUUUCAGGUCGAGACACAUGGCGUCUGCUCUGGGGCGAAGUAGCCGGGGAGUGCCGGCUUGGAGGUAGGAGCGCGGGUUAUAUGCGUCGUCGUCGUCGUCGUGCUCGUGCGUGCAGAUGGCCAGGCCAAAGUCGCCGAUGAGGGGUUUGGGGUAGCGCGGGAAGACGUGCGGGUCCGGGGCGUCGAGGAAGAUAUUGGCGGGUUUCCAAUCUCGGUGCACGAUGCUCUGCCAGCCGGGAAUAUGAUGCGUCGGAUGUCCCUGUCGCAUGGCGCGGCAGGGGCGUCUGCAGCUGGACACGAUAGGUUUUCACGACUUGCUGCUGCAAAUCGGCAAACUCGCAGAGGGGCAGAUAGGCCCUAUAGAAGCCCUGUAAUUUCGAGAUCACGCAUCACGGCCAGAUCCAGCGGGAUUUUCUCCGUGAAAUCACUUUUCGCGGCAACACGCAGGUCAUGCGGCGAUGUCUUUCGUGUCAGUGUAGUACGGAAGUCGGGAGUAGGAAGUAGGAAGCAGUCAAGAAGGAAACUCACACAUCGAUCCAUGUCCUUCCAAUCAUUCGUUCAUUAUGCAUUAUGCGUCUUCAUUAUCGUCAACAUUGCUCGUCAGACCUAUUACGUUCAUGAAGAUCAGUCAAACAGCCUCCCUGAUAUCUCAACCCAAACCCAAAAAAUCCUCCAAACCCUGCACACGGAGCCAAUCCCUUCAAUCCUCCUCCUCCUCCUCCUCCUCCUCCUCCUCCCUCAGCCGCCACGCAAACUCCCUCACGCUCUUCACAGUCCCACCCCGCUCCAGACCAGACACCUCCGAAGACACAUCCCCCCUCCGCAAGACCGGACUCACCACCCCACCGGAUUCCAGACUCAGCUGGUUCCAAACAGCCAUAGCCGCCCCAUCAUCGCUCGCCUCCUUCGCCUGCCGAUAGUAGUAUGACUCCACCGUCCGGUCACCCCUAAACUGGGUGACGACGAAACUCGUGUGGUGGUCGUGCACCCUCGUAUCGACAAUCGUGGUGUCGCGUCUCUCGUCGUUGUCAUUCGAUGAAGCGUGGUGGUGCGCUUCUUCGAGGUGGUAGAGACGGUUGACUUCUUCGUUGACGGAGGCGGAGUAGAGCGGGUUGUGAUAUGGCCGAUGUGCUGGUUGGAAGCCGUCGUCUUGGCUAUAGACGGAUUCCGUGGCGUGAGUGAAGUCCCCAGCGCGACCCAGCGUCUUGUCCUCGGUGGGUGAGUCGGCUUCCCAAGACCGCCGCGGGUUGUCUUGGAUGCGCGGAGCAGGUAGCUCAACGUCUCCAAACGGGCCGACUCGAAGGAUGGAGUCGAACAGUUCCUGCAGAUCGCUGUCUUGGGUGGUUGGGCGGCGUGGAUCGGGUGGUAGUUGGCCUGAUCGGGAGAGCCAAUCGUCUGCUUGGAUCCGGUAGAGGCGUUCGGGAGCUUCGUCGCGUUCUUGAUGAUGCUCCCUAUGGUGGCCAUCUGCUUCCUCGGCAGUUGCGAGCAUGACACCCUGCCGUCUUAUAACUACCGGCUUUCGUGGGAUCCGGUGCUGGCUUGGCGGGGGGAAGGAUGGCUGCUCCUCAGCAGGCGAAGCAGGGGCUUGGGUUCCCGAGACGUCCUCGCGACUUCCAAGGGGAGUGUACUGGUAACCGUACAUAUCACCCCAUCGAGUGCCGCGAUCCGGAUUGCCGACCAUCGUCCGCUCAGGAGGAGGACUGGGUGGUUGCCGGGGAGCUGGCGCAGGCUUACGAGCGGCCGCCUUCCUUGCUGCGUUUGAUGCCAAGCGGGAAAACCCGGUGGAUACGACAGCCGCUACCUGCUUCAGAGUCGGUCGCUGGGGAGGCUCGACACGUUGGGAGGUUUCACGUCCAAGGCUGUAUUCAAGGUAUUCGGCCUUCCGUGCUUCGUGCUGGGCCUGUGCGUCGGCGAGGGAGAUCAACCGGGUGCCGAGAUGUACUUGUCCGACCGGAAUGCUUGGGUCCUGGUCGAGGAUCUUGGACGAGGGCGCCCGGUUGAAUGCUGGCCGCUCAAGACCUGCUUCGAGGACAGACCGAGGGAUGAACGGGAUGGGCGGUGGGCUCCCAGCUGGUGUCGCUCGGGGGUAGGCAGUGACGCGGCGGGGAGAUCCAGGGGCAGGUGACGGAGGCAGAGACUUGUUCAAAUCCAGAGAGUUUAACUGCCAGGACCGAUCGUCUGCGGGAGGCUCGACAUUGCGGGAGUACGGACCUACCGACGGACCCUGCUCUCGUUCCGGCAGGUCUUCCAGGAACCUAGUCCCGCUCGGUAGCUGGCUGAAAGAAGUCUCCGUGCGGUUGUUAAGCACGGGACGGCGGAGAGGCGCAGAUGGAGUGUUGGUAGAGUAGAAACGGCUCUGCGGAGUGUUGAAGUCCAUCUUGAGUCGUUUGUCAAGGCCGCAGUGGCUUUCUGCAGUCGUGGUAGUGUUUGUUAGGAGGUUUCUUCAAGAGUCUUCUGCUUUGCUCAAUAAUCAAUCGUCCAGCAAUUGGUGAAAUGCUCAGACAGAUGCUCUUCGAAGACAGCAAUGAUCCAAGCUAGGAAGAAGAACCGCAUCCUUAGCAGCGAAGAGCGAGACUCUUUAUGCCGUCCAUCCACGAGCGACCCGAACAACACACACACAACGCUUUCUUCCCUCCCUCCAAGCAAGUGACAAGCGCAUUGUGAAGGCGAUGGCUUUGUUCACGUCGUACACAAAGCCAUUCACGUCCCCCUUUCCUUUGUGUGUAUAUACGGGGGUCUAGAACCUAGAUGGGAAAAGUCAGUGGAGCAAGUGAAGUGGAGAGGGAGUGAAGAGGGAGUGAGUGGGUAGGUAUGGUUCCUGUCGUCCACGUGAAGAUGAGACUUACUGAUGCUUAUACGUUGAAUUUACUGAUUAUGGGAAAGACGGGAUAGAUUCCGAGAGAAAGUGCCAGAGGCCAGCCAGUGAAGGGCGAAAAGCAGGGGGUCUCUAUAAAGUGACUAGGAGGAAACAGCGUGGUCCAAAUGGUCUCCGGUUCCAAAGUAUAUGCUAUAGAAUAAGUCCUUCUGAUAGUAAGGUUGUCCACUCAAUCCCAUUCCAUCAAGCUCCGAGGCUGAACCGGGGGUGCAUCCAAGGAAGGGUUGCGAAGUCCCCAGCGUGGUGUAGCCGGCGUGCGAGGAGCUUUUCGCGGUGUAUUCAAGGCCGAGCUCGCUGGCGAGGUCGCGAAAUCGGAGAUGGAGCCCGGUUGCGAGACGACGCUCGUAGGUUUAGAAAUAGCCACGGGCUUGCGUACCCGUACCGGCUCCGACUUGGCUUUCGGUGGGACGGUCAGAGGUGGGAAGGUCUCCAAAGCAGGAAGUGGUGGCAGAGGCUUAUUUAGAUCCAGACGUGGCCGCUUGCGGUUGUUUCUCGCUGGUUGGCUGCGGUAUGGGUGCCCGUUACUGCCUGCUUGAUGAUGAGACGGCACAGAGAGGACUCCAAGCUCAAUUGGCUUGGUCGGUCUGGUUGGUGUCGGAGGUCGAAUGUUGUUCAGAACGUCCUUUGCCAUCUUCGUUCCGCAAGCAACCAUACUGCCAACACGGUCCUGAAUUUGGCGCCAUCCGCUCGGCCUCUUUGGCGUCGUACCAGGGAUGAAGACGAGGCUUGGAUCAGUCUUCAACCCUCCACGCGUCAGCAUCGGCUUCCCUGGUCCAAGGUGAACGUUGAAGGAGCCAUCGUCGGUCAUCUCUACAAUGACAACAAGAGAUUGCCGGUCUUCAGUCUGGGCAUGCUGCUCGACGCUCGCGGAGUCUUGAUCAUCGUCGAGGUCGAUGUCCUCGAAGCUGUCCAUCCGCUGGAGGACCGUGGAGUCUUCGGACGGAACUCGUGGGAAUCGAGAAGGCACAGGUGGAAUGACUGACGUCGGAAGUUGUUCAGAGAACCACUCUGCGCUGUUUCGCGGUGCCGGCAUGAUGGUCGGGAGCGCGUUGAUAGGGGAUGAUGUGGAGCCUUGCCUUGGUUGCACAGAUUGUUAUUUGUUGUGCAAUUUGCUUGUGCGUAUGAGUUGAGGCAGAAGGUCAUGAGUGACCAUCUUCAGACGUAUGAGCCGCCCAUUUAACCAACUCCAUGGCGACUGUGUUGUAAUGGGUUGUAGAAGAGUGAAGGUCCCUACUGUCUCCCACAAGUGAAUGCUUUUCGCGAGAGCACGGCUCCCGGGACAAAGGCAUUGUCACCGCCAGCCGAGAGUCCCAAGAUGUACCAGCAGUUCCGGAGUUAGCGACCUCUAGGUACGAAAGUCAUCUCCCCGAACGGCCUUUGAUGUCGGCGUGCCAUCAGGGGUAGGCCUCCAGAUGUACCGAUCCUCGGAAGAGAAAUGUAAAAGUCGUCGACAAUGCCGCAUGCUGCUUUCCAGUGAGUGGUCGUGUUCCUGAGUCCAUCCCGCUCCCCGAGAGAUCCUGUUCAAUGCUGAGAGUAUACAUGCUCGGUUCCUGAGAUAUAAAGUCCAACUUGAAGUAGUCGAAACGUCAAAAGGUGAGGAAGCAAGCAGCGACAGCGGCACUCCCCGGGGAUUUAUGCCAAAGAUGUCGUGGAUCAUGAAAGGCUUCGAACCCAAGGCGGUGUCAUCCCGAACAUGUUCUUCAAACCUAGGCAGGGAUUCACACGUCUCAGCCUCACGCCGCUCUGUGGCUUCGCUCCGGAUGGUUCUGUGCAUGCGACAUCUUGGCAACCCAAUUCAGUCGAGUGUUGGGACGGCGAGGCAUACCUGGCGAUCCAUAAUCGAAGCGCGGGCAUCAUGGUGACUCUGGCUGAGAUGGUGUGGGUCGGGAGAGUAGUGCGGUACCGCAGACUCGUGAAGUCCUAGACAUCGGGAGGUAUAUUUGAACAUGGGAAAAACUGUUUCAUACCCGUGGACGAGGGUGUUGCAGGAAAACGCCAUGUCCAAAAUUGCAAGGGCCUUUCUCGGGCAGGACAUGUUCCAUCCAUCCUGGGCCAGAGAAGAAAGUGUGUGUGUGGUGGAGAGAGCGAAAUGCAAUGCAAGCUUUGAUGUUUCACAACGGCUUUGGCAACGUCUUUUAACCCCAAAUAAACUUCUGGCAAGUGACGACAGCUCUCGAAUUCGGUCUCCACAACAAGAGACCUAGGUUGAGCACGUCCUCCUGCAUCUAGCCGUCACAACGCUCGUCGUGUUGCAGAGGGGUUCAGAGACAGCACGAUGCUUUCCACCACGGGCGAGAGCAACACGCGAGGAAUGUCUGUACGCCGAGUGAAGAGCACGAGACAGCCGAACGAGACCAUCGAACACUCUUCCCCGCGAGACCGAACCAUGAUUCCGGAGAUGCACCAUUUCGAAUACCUCGCCGAGGCUUCCAGUACCGCGAAGAGAUCGGAUUCACCCGGCGCGAGUGGAUCCAAUGACCGAGCUUCAGAUACGCAGGAAUUGGAAGCGCUGAGGAGGGAGAAUGAGAAGCUUCGCGCGCAGGUCGCGGAGCUACAGAGAGAGAACCGAGGUCUGAGAUGCAAAGUUCGAGAUGGCAAGAGUCAGAAGUUGGGAGAAGACACGAUCGCGGCGUCGGAGAAAGGGGUGUGAGAGAGACGUCGAUGAAGUCGGGCGAGGCAGGCAAUUCCUGGCAUAACACGACAUCAGAAUACGCACAACCCGCGGUGGAGCAUAUCACUGCUGGCGGAGAAGUCGGAGAGCGAGAUGGAUGCAGAGAUGGCAUUCAAGCUGCUGCUAGAUCUGGCAGGAGAUGGCUCGUACGGGGACAUGAGUGGGCGGGCAUGCGACGAUGUGCGGAGAAGCGGGGGACGAAGUCCACUGUCAGGAUUGAUAGAGAAGGGCAGAGGCAGACGAGCUGCUGAGCAAAUCGAGUGACGACGGCAUGUGAGAGGGAGGGAGCAGCGAGGGGAGAGGCGAGAUUGGAUAUAUUUGUCGUUGGUGGAGUUGGUUCGGUGCAGGGAUUGAUUGGAGAAGCAUGGUAUCGAGGGGGCUUCUCCGGCCGAGAUGUAUCGCCGAGUUCGAAGAGCUGAGAAGGAAGCGGGUGUGUACACAGAAUGAAUGGAGUAGAUAUGCGCCUGUCCGCGUUUCAUCCCUGUUCAGCAGGUUGUAGCGCCAUGUUGGCAAUGGGCUGCAAGCGGCGCCGUGUACAGUAUGAGACUAAGCUACUGUAUGUAUGUCAGUGAGUUGGUGCCAAGAAUCAGCCGGAAGGUCCCCAAGCGCUCGGCUGGAAGCCUCCCCUGCCCGAGCUUUCACCGGUCUCCGUCUGCAAGCGCGGAGCUGUACAACCGUUGGCAUUCAUUGAUGCAAGAUGCAAGCACGCCGUUGCGGCCAAUGGAGCCGGGCGGCGGAUGUGCGGAAUGGGAGGUGGUGUCGUUGGUGUUGGAGCGCCGCAUCAUGGCGGCUAAGUCGGUGGAUGUGAAUGUAAAUGUAAAUGUGAGUGUGAAUGUGAAUGUGAAUAGCUAAGUCGAGCCCGGUAGAAUGGAUGUCGCGUGCGAGGACCGAGCCGCUGUCAGAGUCAUGUCUGGAAGCGAAUCAGCUUGUGAAUGCUGUGUCACAUGGGGGUGAGGUACCGUACCGAAAAGUAUAUUGGGUACGUACUCGUCCAUUGUGAUAGUGAGGCCUUCUACGGCAAGUACUGUGAGAAGGGAAGGAUUGGCCAGGUUGGCGGCAUGUUCGGGCUCGGAUCCGAAACGAAGAGCCACCUGCAGUUCCCGACCCGAUGAGAGCUACAACAACACAACACAACCUCUCCAGCUACAUUACAUCCUUUCUUUCCAGCUACAUCCUCUCCAGCGCCUGUUCCACCCCUCCGCCGUGCUAGACCACUCGCCGUGCCUUCGCGCUUCAUCCACUCGCCGUGCCCCCUUGCUGUGCCGCACGGGAGACCAAGUGUCGCACUAACAUCAGAGCGUCGUCGCUGCCUCCGCCCCUCCAGCUGAGGGCACCGCCGCAGCUCGUACCUAGUAAUCCCUUACCUUACCACUGUACUCGGCGCGCGACUCGAAACCCACCUCAUCCGGCUUGCGAAGAGGCACGAAAUUCAGGGACCGCUCGCCGCAAUACCGUGUCUGUCUAUGACUCGCUGCUGUGCUGUACCGCGCAUUCUCGCGACCCAUCCCACCUCUCCAUAUCAUCCGACUCCACCAGACGGUGCCUGUCCACCAGACAGUGCCGGACCAUGGCAUUGACCACUCCUCUCGUGCCUUCACCAACCACCAACGCCCUACCCUCUGCCUUCAGUCCCCACACAGAUUCUCCCGGCACCCCCGCGCGCUUUCAUGCCUUUCCUCCGAACGGGCACACUCUGAGCAACCGGUAAGGAGCGGAAGCGCUUCCGCAACGCGUGCCACAUGGUCACGAACCGGCGCUGAUCACGAUCCCCAGCUCAUCAGCUGCCUCCGACUCUCUUGCCCCUCCACCGAGCCCCUACCCUCAGCAGAUCGAGCCUUCCCCGGUCGACUCCAAUGGCACCGAGAUCGAGGAGGACGAGCAAGAGGAUGCACAGGGGAAGUCGCCCGGCUCCGAGACACACACCGGCCCAAGCGAGCUGUUGUCCAUGUCGCCCGACAUCGACCUCACCAGCCCUGCAAGUGCUAAGAGCGUAUGAUGGCUGCUCCUGUGCCGCCCAACGGACCAGUACUGAUGACGGCAGGAACCCCCCAAGAUUGACACCCAACUGCCCGCACGCCGCUCCGACUCACCCAACAAUGACCCACAGUCAGUCAUUCACGUUCCUUCCGGCUUCAGGACCUUUGACCACGGACGCACAUCGAGCGCCUCUCACGUCUCUCCCACCGAGGCGUCCGAAGCCACUGCUCGUCUCGCAUCACCCAUUACACCCGAGGCUUCUGUCGUGGGACCUGCACAUAAGGUCAGCAUACCCCUCGUCUGCAUUCCGAGCUUUGCGGCUGACCUGCCUGCCAUACACAGAAACCAUUAUCGCCCGUGGACACUAACGUCCCUGCGUCCAUGGAUCGAUCCACACCGCGCGCCAAAACGAGACAGGAAUUCGAUCAACCAGACAGAGAUAAGCGCAGGAGUCGUACUUCGAGUCUAGAAGGUCUGCUUUCAGGUCUCGAAAAGUAAAUUCAGCUGUAUCUGACCGCCCCUACAGACAUCCCCGAGGCUCUCGACAAGGAUCAAGAAAGCGACGCUCGCGAGAUCGACAACGAUGGAGAGCGACCUGAGGCUGCUGGUAGAGAUGCGAUGACUCAGGCGAAGCAGGCUCUCGAUCAGGUGGAAGAUGAAGUCGCCGCUCUACGCACAGCACUGAGCGAAUGCUGGACGUUGUGUAAUACUCUGGCAGGGCUAUCAUCGAGCCAUCGCCAGCGAACUUUCCAAUUCUCAGGACGGCAGGAAGUACAGGAGCAGGCUUGGCGAAGCUGUUGGAGGCUUUGUCAGCAGCUCUACGAGCAUAAGGAUGAGGACCAUACCGCUCAGAUCACGCCAACCCUGGAGCUGUGCAGAGACUUUUGCCAGUCACUCUUCGACGCACGGCAAAAGAUGGAUGAAGCCUCAGACUCCGUGCUACGCGUCAGCUUUGAGCUGAACAAUCACCUCUACAACACUCACGACCGCACUCUACCAGACGCCUUCAAUGAGCGGACUCUGGACUUCUAUAUCACUCUGUGCCAUCGACUGAUGAAGCUCCCGACUUCGCUUCCCCACGAAACCGACGCUCUCCUCCGCGCCUGCUGGUCUUUGGCCGAGCAACUUUUCCAUCUUCGACAGUCCGGACGAGAAGGCAAGACGGUAGACGAGGACCUGGUCGGGUCCGCAGUCCAAGCAUGUUGGGAGCUGUGCGAUCUCUUCCGGGAGGGUUGGACCCAGGUCCGACCAGAGCGCGGAACACCUCGUCCCACGCGAACCCUCUUCCACUCUCAGAGUUCGUACAAGUCGAGCUCGACCCGUUCCGAUGCCCGUUCAGUGGCAAGCGCCAGGAGCAACAGAGACUAUCACCACAGCACGCAAGCCCAUGCUCCGCCCGAAACGCCAGUGACUGUAUUUGACGAUACCUCAACCGCCAAUUCUUCUCCGGACGACGCUAACGUGCCAAACAUCCUGGUCCUCGGCCCAGCCAGCAACGGCGGCGGCGGCGGCUCUACGAGAGGCGGAGCACCUCAUCACGAACGUUGGACCAGCACUGCUUCCGUGCUGUCUGACUACUCCGAAUCCGCGUCCUCCCAGCACACCUCAUCCACCGCGACCGCCAGCAACGAAGAUACUCAGCUAACGCGCCUUCGCUACCUCCUCCUGAAAGCAGGAUUGAACACCGGCUACCAACGAACCUCAACUCAGUCUCUGCCCGCACACGUCCAAUCCCUCCCAGAUGACGCAUUCGGAACACUACCCUGGCAGAUGAAAGUGCUCAGCUUCUACAAGAAGCUAGUAAUGAACGACAAGAGUAUGUUGACCGUAAACCAGAGUCUGGGCAACAGGAGAUUGAACGCGGUUGAUGUUGCAAAGAGUGUGCGAUGGCUGGGGAAUGGGAAUGGAGGGCAGUGGGCCUGGAUGAGGGACUUGUUCCGACUCGUCUUCGGUUUUGGGCUCGACGAGGCGGAGAGAAGAGGUGGGAGUUUCGUCGUGUGA